AUGGAGCACCGAGACCGAGAGAUGGCAAAUAAUUCAAAGACAGACAUGGAUAAUAUCCAUUCCUUCGUGAGACAGCAAUUCGCAGAGCUGGAAGACAGCUUGAAGGAGGAAAUACGCAGCGUACCAGAGGCCGUGUGGAAGACCGCAAAGAUGACCGAUGCUGGCGAGGCUGCUCGUAACACGUUCACUAAUCUGUUCGGAUUAUUUCACCGACAGACUGACGAGGGCGAUUCGAAAGCAAAAACACAGCUGGAGGUUUCCGCUCAUGCAAACCAUGAGUUAGAAGUAGAGAGAAAAGCAAUCUUGAGGGAUUCGGAGGACUGGAGAUCUGGCUUCGAAAAAAGUGCAGAACAUUACCAGAACAAGCUCAAGGAAGAGAUUGCAGACAUCAGAUUCCAGAAAGACAAGGCUGUCCGUCGGCUGAAGGAUGCAGAGAGGGAAAAUGGAGAAUUGCAAAAACAAGUAGCCACUUUUCGAAGCAUCAUCAUCAAGCAUGGAGGCAGUGAGAGUGGGCAAUUGGAUGAUGCUACCAUUGUCGCCAGAUUCGUUAACUUGCGAACCAAAAUUCGGGGAAUCGUCAUGAGAGAUUGCCACUUCGACAAGCUGGAUACCGCCACGGGACAUGAAUCAUUGCAAAAGCUUCACAAAAGGGGCCUGACGAUUUUCGACUUGAAGAACCAGCUGCAAGAAAGUCUGUUCAGGGAGGUUUGCCGGGUUUUCUUCUCGGUGUUGGCUUUUGGAUUGGAGGGGUCCACUCUUGGAGAUCAAGUCAAUUACGGCCUGGGUAGAUUUGAAUGGGAGCUCUUGUCCCUGUCUCCGGGUCAAGGUUACCAAAAGGAUUCCUUGGAGUGGAGAUUGCUCACGAUCAAAUGUGCGAAAUUGUUGGGCCAGCCAAAUCCCGACGUCGCGGCACAAAGAAUACUGGAUUGGUUGCAACCAUUCUUGGGCAUGACCGAGAAGCCUGACCAAGAUACGCCGAGCGAUUCAAGCAGCAAGUUGAAUCGUGAGUCGACCAGCAAGUCCACCAGCGAGAGUCGAGUCAAGCAGCUAUGUCAAGAUGCUUUGGAUUUCGCACUUCUCAUUCGAACUUGCCGCGACCGUUACCAAGCCGAGAGGACCAUAGAACGAGAGGAGCGUUCAGAGCAAGCAUGGGAGGGUGAAAUGGGCUCAGAUAACGAUCCUCGAGAGAUAGCAUGUAUGAUAUCGCCAGCGCUGGUCAAAUACCCUGGCCAUGACUGGAAAAAGCGUCUGGUUCUCGAGAAGUCACAUGUUAUUGUACGCAAGAUCGUGCCGGGGGGCUGCAAUGAGUUAGGGGUAGGGUCCCUACUACCACAUGAUUGUGACCGAGCCGAAAAUUGA